AUGGCUGUUAAGAAGCAGAAGAAAUCAGCGGAAAACAUCAAUGCCCGAUUAGCAAUGGUCAUGAAAAGCGGUAAAUUCUGCUUGGGUUACAAACAAACAUUGAAGACGUUGCGGGCUGGCAAAGCAAAACUUGUUAUAAUCGCCAAUAAUACACCUCCACUGAGAAAAAGUGAAAUUGAAUACUACGCGAUGUUAGCCAAAACCGGUGUGCAUCACUACAACGGUAAUAACAUUGAGCUGGGAACAGCUUGCGGUAAAUUAUUCCGAGUGUGCACAAUGUCGAUAACAGACCCUGGUGAUUCGGAUAUCAUUCGUAGUAUGCCGUCGGAUACCGCUUGA